GGCGGAGGCCGAGUAUUCGCCGCCCCUCAGGCCGCCGCCCGUCGUUGUUCCGCGGCGCGGCGCACGGCUUCUCCGGUGGUGCGUCGGGUUCGGAGGGUCGGCCGCCAGGCAGAGCUCUCCAGAUUGAACUCUGAACCUCAGCCUCGGCAUCCUCAUCUGAAAAGGUUUCCUAAAAGACAGAAAAAUGGAGGAAUCGCUAAGCCAGAUGCAGCCGCUGCACGAGAAGCAGGUGGCCAACUCUGAGGGCGGGUAUGUGUGGCAAGUCACCGACAUGAAUCGCCUGCACCGGUUCUUAUGUUUUGGGUCUGAAGGUGGGACUUACUAUAUCAAAGAACAGAAGCUGGGCCUUGAGAAUGCUGAAGCUUUAAUUAGGUUGAUUGAAGAUGGCAGAGGAUGUGAAGUGGUCCAGGAAAUAAAGUCAUUCAGUCAAGAAGGCAGAACCGCAAAGCAGGAGCCUCUGCUCUUCGCCCUCGCCAUUUGUUCCCAGUGUCCCGACAGGAGCACCAAGCAAGCCGCUUUCAGAGCUGUUUCUGAAGUUUGUCGCAUUCCUACACACCUCUUCACUUUUAUCCAGUUCAAGAAAGAUCUCAAGGAAAGCAUGAAAUGUGGCAUGUGGGGCCGUGCGCUCCGGAAGUCUAUAGCAGACUGGUACAAUGAGAAAGGUGGCAUGGCCCUGGCCCUGGCAGUGACAAAGUAUAAACAAAGAAAUGGCUGGUCUCACAAAGAUUUGUUAAGAUUGUCGCAUCUUAAACCUUCCAGUGAAGGACUUGCUAUUGUCACCAAAUAUAUUACAAAGGGCUGGAAAGAGGUCCAUGAAUUGUAUAAAGAAAAAGCACUUUCUGUGGAGACUGAAAAAUUAUUACAGUAUCUGGAGGCUGUAGAGAAAGUGAAGCGCACGAAGGAUGAGCUGGAGGUCAUUCAUCUGAUAGAAGAGCACAGACUGGUUAGGGAGCAUCUGCUCACAAGUCACCUGAAGUCCGGAGAGGUAUGGAAGGCUUUGUUACAAGAAAUGCCUCUUUCUGCAUUACUAAGGAAUCUAGGAAAGAUGACUGCUAAUUCAGUGCUUGAACCAGGAAAUUCAGAAGUAUCUUUAGUAUGUGAAAAACUGUGUAAUGAAAAACUGUUAAAAAAGGCUCGUAUACAUCCAUUUCACAUUUUAAUUGCAUUAGAAACUUAUAAAACAGGUCAUGGGCUCAGAGGCAAACUAAAGUGGCGCCCUGUUGAAGAAGUUUUGAAAGCUUUGGAUGCCGCUUUUUACAAAACAUUUAAGACAGUGGAGCCAACUGGAAAGCGUUUCUUGCUGGCUGUCGAUGUCAGUGCUUCUAUGGACCAAAGAGUUUUGGGUAGUGUCCUCAACGCCAGCACCGUUGCUGCAGCGAUGAGCAUGGUUGUCACACGAACAGAAAAAGAUUGUUCUAUAGUUGCUUUUUCAGAUGAAAUGGUACCUUGUCCAGUGACUAUGGAUAUGACCCUACAACAGGUUUUAAUGGCUAUGAAUCGGAUCCCAGCAGGUGGAACCGACUGCUCUCUUCCAAUGAUUUGGGCUCAGAGGACGAGAACAGCUGCUGAUGUCUUCAUCGUGUUCACUGAUAACGAGACCUAUGCUGGAAGCGUGCAUCCUGCUGUUGCUCUGAGGGAGUAUCGGAAGAAAAUGGAUAUUCCAGCUAAAUUGAUUGUUUGUGGAAUGACAUCAAAUGGUUUUACCAUUGCAGACCCAGAUGACAGAGGCAUGUUGGAUAUGUGUGGCUUUGAUACUGGCGCUCUGGAUGUAAUUCGAAAUUUCACAUUAGAUGUGAUUUAACCGUAAGCACCAGCACAAUCUUAAGAGGUCCAUGCCAUCAGUGAUCACGAUAAAAAUCCGAAGCUACUUCCCAGCUAAUCUUAAUCCAAUGAAAGACAGUUAACAGUAUAGUAUGUGUAUCAUGGAAAGUUUAUCUCACCAAAAAAAAAGAAAGAAAAAUAAGAUGAGCCCAAAGUUCUUUCUGUCUGCUAAACUAGCUCUUGGGAAGUAGCUUCAGAAUCCACUGUAGCCCCCGCUGUCCAACAGAGAACUUCUUGUUGAUGGACACUGUAAAACAGUCAAGACAGUUUUGCUUUGGUGAAUAAUCAUGUUUGUACUUAAAAGAAGUGAGAGCCCAAAAUGUAGGUAGUCCCCUAUCAUGUCACUCGUGUGAGAAAUGCUUAAAGGUUUCGUAAGUGUUUUCAUCGGGAAAGGACAGCUUUGGUAAUGUCCAAAUACUGAAAUGCACUGGACCGUGUGACUGUGAUAGAAUAUGAAACCCGUCUGUAAACUUUUAUACCAAGGGGGUGGAAAAACCGCACACUUGAUUAAAUUAUGAAUGACUUUUACAAAUUCCUUGAACAGUUUUCUACAAUCACAUAAAUAGCAGCUUUCUUAGCCAGUGAAAAAUAUAUUUUGUUUUACUUACACUUGUAGAAUUGUUACCAUUAACCAGAAACAUAAUGGAAACCCCUGAGAAGAGAUUCUAAAGUAUGUCAGCUAAGGGAGUCUGUUUGGUUUGCUUUUGUUUGUUUAUUGCUGAGGGUCAUGGCUUGACAGGUUCCUCUGACUUAUAACAAUAUAGCCACAUGUAGGCACAUUUUCUUUUUUUCAUACUCUUAAAUGAAAACAGAAAAUGUUUCAAGCAAUUUAACUUCCCCACUCAUACUCUGAAAAUAUGACAGAAAAUCAACUAUAACCAGACUAGUUUUUUCCUUUAAAAAUAAUUGUUUUAAUUAAUUUUAACUAUUUUUAUAGCGAACUGUAAAAUAGGUUUUAGGUACUUCUAAUUGUAAACACGUCAGUGGCCUCCUGUCUCUUUGUCCAUUAUGCAUUUGUGGCAAAACAUUGUUUUUUGAUAGUGUAAAAAAGUAAUAAAGCAGGCUAGGUCUUUCAGGUAUGAAAGGCAGUUUUUGAGUGGCAUAUCAACACUAACCGGUCUGUAAGAAAUUAAGUUUUUCUAUUUUAUUUGUGUAUAUUAACUUCCUGUUCAUUAUAAAGUGCAUUAUUUUCAUGAGCAAAUAUCCCUUCUUUGUGAGGAGGUUAACCUGUUGAAAUGCCAAUAUAUUUGCUCAUAAUUACAUGGUUGUCUAAUAUAACAUGCACAUAAAACUUCAGGUUCUAUAUAUUGUUCUUUAAAUGUAAUUAAAGAUUUACUGGGGAUUUAUAAAGUCCUUCUCACUAUUAUAUGAAAAGUCAAACUAGUUAAUGUAAAUUAUAGACUUUUGUGUGCUUGGGGGUUAGAGGUUUUAUGUUUAGGGGGAGUGGGGCUUAAGUAAUGUUAGAAUUUGUAUAGUUUUUUUUGUGUUUCAUGAGAAAUUUGGGCUAUAGGAGUGACAAGAAAAUGUUCUUUUUAAACUUGUCAUAUUAAUGCCUUCAUGGCAAGUGGUAGCAAUAUGUAAAAUAUUGUGAUCUACCUGAGAUCUUUUGGUCAGCAAAGCUAGUAGCCCCACAACCCCAAAAAAAUACAUUGCUUCUGAUACCAUUCUGCUUUUUGCCCUGUCAGGCAUUGGAUUUGACAUGUUAGCUACUUUUGAUACAUUAAAAUACCGUGUUCAGAUUGAAUUUAAAUUUUAAAGAACCUAAUAGAAUUAUGUAAUCGUACUUGAAUUCUUUAAACUCUAGAUCUUCUUAAAUUAAAAAUUAUAACAUGAUUAACUUUUUAUUCCUAAUAGAAAUGUUAAGUGGAAUAUAGCAUAAAUGUUUAUUUCUUUCAGUUUUAUACUAUUUCUAUAGUAGUUUUAGACAGAUACUGUUUAGGAACUAAUAGUAGGUCAAUCAGAGCGAAAAGAUUAGAUGUGACCUUUUUGAAGUCACAUAGAUAAGUCUAUUAAAUGGGUGAGGGUAAGAUUUAAGAGGAAGAAAAAAGAACUAAAAGCCACCGCACGAGGUAGCUUUAUUUUCAAAUCAUGGCGCUUUAUAGUUGGAAGAAACCUGAGAGAUUGCAAAGGUAAGUUUUUCCUUUAGGUUAAGGACCCGAGAUGCUAGAGGGGCUUCAGAGCCCCGGACCUAGGAAUCUGCAUUUCUUCCUCCCCACGGUGUGGGGAGACGCUGACUCACAGAGCAGGGGGUGAAGUCCAAUUCUUCUGUCUUUUUAGGUAUUAGGAAAUAAUGUAAAUACAUGAGUGGUUUAGGAGUAGACAAGCAGAGGAAUUGUGAGCAUGUAUACUUUUGUAGCUCACAGUAACCCUCAAGCACAAUUAACAUCUCCAUAACCCGUGUUGCUAUAUAACAUAGUCCUGUAGAAAGAAUAAAAAAACUUACCUCAUUAUGAAUAAAAUGUACUCAAGUGAUAAAGUUUUAUUUUCUGAAUUACUUUUAGCAUUACUGCUGAUUAGGGAAACGUUGCUUUUUUAAAAAAUCCUAAGAAAAAUAAAGUUUAUUUGCUUGAAAAUAUGUAAAUAUUUUCAGGAUAUAGUUGUAAUUAGUAAAACAAAAACUAAUCUUAUGAUCCCACCCUUCCAUGUCAGUUGAAAUAUUUUUGAAAAUUCCACUUAUUAACAGUGUUAUGUAUUAUUUAGUUUAGUAAUCAUUUUAUGGGACUAUUAGUGGGAAGAUGCUAGUGACCUGGAUUUAGCCUUACCCCCCCGGAACUUCUUGCUUUACCUAACUUAGUAUGACUGUAGGCUUCACCAAUUUAAUCCAUGUGAUUCAAUUUUGCUGUAUUGAAAAAGUAACAUAUCUUAAGCUUGGAUCAUAGAAGAAUCAAUGAUUUUAUAUAUACAAAAAUUUAAAUUGGUAGGAGGCCUUACAAUACACAUUAGAACUUUUUUAAAUUAAAAACCUUUAAUAGGAUAUGUGUUUUGAAAGAUAAAAUGUUUUAGAAAAAUAGCUCAAUAGGCUCAGUAAUUUUUUAAAACACUCUUGUUCUGAAUGGGAGAAUAUAGGAAUAUAAAGAGCAGAUACACUCCAAGUCUAAGAUCCCAUUAGACAGACCAAGAAAAACAAACUUAUACUCUGAAUGAGAAGAUGCUACUAACAGACAUUUGCUUAAUCUUUUAAAGUAACAGGUAAAUCUACAAAUGAUAAACUAUCAGUUAAUCAGGCUUUUUGCCUCAUUUUCUCAAAUUCUGCAAAAACAAUUUAAAAUUAUUUUGCAAAUUUAUAGACAGAAUUCCUGAAUAAAUUUGAGGAUCUGACAGUUAAGUGAGAAACAUCUUUAGAAGCACAAUAAAGCUACAUCUAAGCAAUAAUUAAAGGGAAAUCGAUGUGAUCACUUACUGAACUUCCUUUAUCUUGACCUAAAGAUACUAUACCCACAAAUUUUUGGUAAGUCCCUUAGAGUCACUAACCAAAAAUGAAACAUUCUCGUCUUGUAUAUCACAGGCUCAGGGUGAUCGGUUAAGGCAGUAUCCCCUCUAGAGAGAGACCGUGUAGCUUCAGUGUAAACGUGCGCACGGGAGAGUCAGGAAAAGGCGAGUUAAACUAUGAAGGAAGUUGUACUUGCUGUAUGGAUUUUAUUUGGUAUUUCUCUAUUAUCUGCUCCCUAGGCUUUUAUUUGUUGGGAGAUUACUUCUGUACCUCUUUUUUUUCUUUUAAAAUUACUUUCUUUUGCCAUUUUGGUCUUCUGUUUGUUUUUCUAGUCCUGCUCUACCUAGGUAAUAAAAUGAAUGACAGGAAAGUCACCCGUGUUUAGGUUUAGGAUACAUCUUUUGCAGAUUACUUUUUGUUCCAUAUAGAUUUAAGGUUAUAUUUUUUUCAAAUUAAUAAUGGGCAGGUCUCUUGGAACAGUUAACUGGAUUGAUCUAUUCUCUCCCCAAAUCAAAUUAUAUUAUAUACCUUUUGUAAUAGAUGGUUGCAGAAGUUUUCUGGCCUUUGAGUAACAUUAGUUAUUGAGUCUUUGUUUGCAAUUAUGGAUGCACCCAGCUCUUAGAAAAAGCACUUUGAAAAAUAAUUAACUGAAUACUCUUUCAGAAAAUAACAUGUCUCAUUGCUCAUAUUUCCAUAAAUACAAAGGCUACCCUCAAAAGCUUUGGUCUGCCAAGUACUUGAUGGAGCUUAUAUAUACAUGGCUUAUAGCAUAGAAGUUCUUAUAAAUGAUUUGUAUCCACAUUCAACAUUUUUUUAAUCAGUGAAUGUUUUAUUUGCUUUUGAAAAAUUAUUAUGAAGUUAAUUAAAAAUUAAUCCUAUGGUAAUACUUUUCAUGUAGAAAACUAAUAAUGUAGUUAAACAUACUGUUUAAAUAAAACUAUAUUAAAUGACAGGUUUUCCUAAACCCUGAACAUACCAAAUUAUAUUGGAAAUUGAUAGGAAAUGUUGCAAAAUUCAAUUAUUGAAAUUAAGGUGAUUAUUUUCAGUGAGAAUUAAUUUUGUAAAUAGAGUGAAAAUAUAUAAAAGAUGUUUCUGAGCCUAAGGAGAUUUUUUUCCCUUUGCUUCUAUUUAAUUUAGCACUGCCAUGCAUCAUAUUAAUUUUAUGAACACAAGUGACAAUAUUUUAAAAAUAUAUUUAAAUUCCUCUACUUUUAGGAGUUUCCAGAAUCUGUGCUCAAACAAAAGAAACAGUAAGUUAGCUACAUUUCACUGGUUUCAUUUAAUGAACAUUUGGAUUGUUAAGGGUAGUAAAUGAGGCUAAAGCCUUGCUAUUUAAUAUAUCAUGACCACAUAUAAUUGAUGGAAUAUUAUAGCAAUACAAUCAUUGUAUUGAAAAAAUGGUUUUGAUUCACUGUUGUUCCAAAGAUGGACUGCAUAUAAUUUGGUAUGGUGUGACUAGACCUAUCUUGUAAUGCAUUUGAGUUAUAUUUUCUUCCUUUUAUUGCCAGCUUAUGAUGAUGAAGAAAUUCUCCAAAGGGAUGAGAUAGAUGGAAUCAUCUUUUAAGAAAAAAAAAUGGUUGGGGGAGAGGUAUUAUAAUCUAGUGCUAAACUGUCCAGUAGCUUUAUGUAAAGGCUUUGAUUUCCAUAAUUGACCAUUUGAUAAAUAUUUAAAUUACACAGACUGAUGCCUGCAUAGAUUAAAAUUUAAGUAUGCAAGAGCCUUAAAGUGAAAAAAAAAAUGAAAGAACCUUCUGACUGCCUUAAACUGUGACUAGCUAUCCAACACAGACAUACUAGUACUUUGCAUAGGGUCUGUUCAUUAAGUAAUGCCUUAAUACUGUCAGUGUUUCUGAAGUAUAGAAUAACUCAAAGGGUCUUUUUACAGCUUUCACUUUUACAUAAAGAAUGGGAACUUAGCUCUAAGUUUUAAAACCUGAUUUUACAUUAGUCAUUUAAGCACCAUUAACAAGAUAAUCUAGGUACACUGAUGUGUUACACAUACAUGACUGUUAACAUCAGUAAUAUUUCUUGGUAGUUUAAAGUUUUUUACUGUUUUGUAUAACAAAUUAUCCAAGAAGCUGGACUUUAUGUAACAUGAUGUCCAAGGACCAAGCUGCAUAUUUAAACACUAUGAAUGAAAAAUUCAGCUGUACAGUUCCAAAAAUGGAAUAAUUUUUUAAGGGAAUUUUUCAAGAUAAAAGGCAAAUAUUUUGUUUCAAGCUUGCCAGCAGAUUCAUUCAAAGAAGUGAAUAUAGUUGUAAAACAUUGAGACUGUUGCAAUAAGUAUCCAGGCCAGUGAUGUUUAAUUACAUUCACGUUCUUACAUUUCACUUUGCCUUUCAGAGCAGGAAUAUUUUAUAAAACUGAGAGAAAACUUUAAAUUGUCAAGCUGGUGCUUAAGAGUAUGUAAAUUUGAUUUAUAACAAGUUUCAUUUCAAAGGGAAAGAACCCUAAAAGGAGGGGCGGGGGGUUUCCUAGAUCUGUUGAUAAACUCACUGAUGCUUUGUUAAGUCUUCCAAGUUUUCAUUGUAAAUAACAUAUCUAACAAUGCAAUUUUGCUCUUUUCUGAUAGAAAAUGGAUGAAAUACUAAUGUAUGAAAUUUAUUUCAUGACAGUUUUCACUGAUACUGUGAAAUCUGGACUCUUUACUAGCCCUGCAAAAUCCCAAACUGAAUAAAUCAUUUUAGACGUGGAGUGCAGGACUGUUUCGGGUCACUUGUGUUGUUGUAGAAAUUGAUAGGUGUACCAAAUAAACUCUAUUUACAUCAAUAA